AGUUGCGGUCCACCUCCCAAGCGGCUCUCUAACAAUGGGCAAAUUUAUCUGGACAAUUCCACGGUUCCGUCAAGUGGAACCGUAAUGGGCAAAUAUGGAACAAAACUAAGGUAUUCCUGUGGCCCUGGACGAAUGUUCCGUGAACUUCACAUUUCGCAGUUUCCGCGUUAUUACCAAUACCAAAAUGUGACGUGUGCCUGGAACAAGGAGUGGGUGCCCAAUUACGUCAAGGACGAAUGCGUUUGGGUGGCUUGUUUAAAUCCCCCACAACCUCAUACCUCGUUCAACUUGAAGCCUUUAUGGGACGGAAAACCAAUCGCCUUUGGGAGCAAGGUUAAAUACGAAUGCACUCCCGAGAUAAGCACCAAUCAGUUGGACGGUUCCAUACAAAUGAAACCGCGGUAUUUUCGAUCCAAUCAAACCCUUUCGUUCAUGGAAGUGACGUGCGCACCUGAUGGAUCUUUUGCUGUCCCACAACCAUGGCCCACUUGUGUUUCAGAAAGGAGAUGCUACUCGAUGCCAGAAACGCCCAAGGGAGGAACGAGGGAAGUCGUAGGGAAUGGAGCCAGUGGAACGGAAUUAAAAUUGACUUGCGGUCCUUUGGCUAAAUUUGUGGCUCAAAAUGAUAGCAAAGAACUUUAUGAUGAAAUGACCCACACGUGUGGUUGGGACGGAAGAUUUCAUCCUCAACGCGUCGAUAGUUGCAUCGCUACUCAUUGUCUCGGGGCCCCAAUGCCACCCAAGUCAACCCUUCUUGAACUCAAGGACGACAGGGAGGAAAUUCGAGAACUGUUCAAAGCCUAUGAAUUGAGUUACAAAUCGCAAGGAAAUACAACCUUUCACAAUGUAGUGGAACAUCCGAUUCCGUCAGAUUUCUGUUCCACUAUCCGACCCCAACGAUUUGUGCUCCACGGAACAAUUCCAGCAUCCCCACGGAACCAGUCUGUACUGGCGACGUUUGAAAUAGUUCGGAUGGGAAUACCCGGUGUAGCCAUAGCUUUGGAAAUAUUCCCGAAUGAGAGACGCAUUGAACAAUGGGCCAAUCCGAUGAAGGGAGAUCCAAAAUUUCAGGUGCGUUAUCCUGUGGACGAUCAGUCUCAAAUUGAUGUCAAUGAUUUCUUUCUGAUCUCAUUGACUUGCGAUUCGUUGGGUUUUCAAAUGACAGUCCACGGGGACUGGGAAUUUCUUCCAUUUCCCCACGUGCUCCGUUUAAGCCAAUCCACUUUUACCAACGUCGUGGUCGAAGGAUCAAUAGAUAUUCAACAUAUGGGCUUUUACUCACAAGAGCGGGACUUUCGAUUGCCACGAGGUUUUCAAGCAGCAUUCACUUGUCCUUCAGACCAUGUUUUUGAGGAUGAUUGGUGGCAUGUUCCAAAGACCGUCAUCACUUGUGGAGAGGAUGGAACAUUUGGACAUGUCGAGUGGAAAAACUGCGUCUCUGUGGACUCCAUUCUGAGCGGUCUGAAAAUCCAACCCGGUCAAGGUAAGGCCUUCAGAGUCAUAAUGAUCAGUGCCAAACAUCAACCGUCAUGGAAAACUUAACAGCACUAUAUUGUUCAUCGCUCAUCAACGGGC